CCAAAGAAAGAAUAUGAAACUUGAGUAGAAAGGAAGAAUAUGAAACUUGAGUAGAAUGGAAGAAUAUGAACUUUGUGGCUAUCAACUCACCACUAGAGAUACAAGUAUAAUAUUUUUCAACUUGUUUCUUGCUCACUCUAGUUGAAGUAGAAACUCCUUGUGAGCUGUGGCUUAUGCGCAACGACAGAGGCUACAACAACAGUUUCAGAGCCACGGAACCCAAAAUGCAAUCUGCGUUAUGGCAGAGGAAUCAUCAAUUGGAGAAUUUCAGAUCUUCUUCGUUCAGGGAUGACGAGCUUGCAUUGUUUCAUCAGAUGAAGAAUUGCGAGAUUGAGAACGACGAUCUUCUUCUUCGAGAUUCCACUGAAGAAUUCGUUGAUUCACCAUUUGAUUUGAAUCCAAAGGAUUCUCACUUAUUUAACAUUUCAUCAUCAACUGAAGCUCCUGUGCGUAGGACUGGUGCUGCUGAUGAUUUUCUCAAUUCUGAAACUGAUAAGAAUGACUAUGAAUGGCUUCUAACUCCUCCUGGGACGCCCCUUUUUCCUUCUUUGGAGAUGGAAACUAAAAAAACUGUUAUGAGUCGGCUUGGCGCUUCAACCACACGUCCCACGGAAUUAAAAUCUAGAUUGGCAAAUCCACCAUCAGAGCAUAGCAGAAGGAGCAACUUGGUAUCUAAACAACAAGCUUCUUUUCCUGGGUUGACCUCUUCAGGUGGAACCAGGAGGCCUUUAUCAUCAGGGAAUCCAGGAUCAAGACCUGCAACUCCCACGGGACGGCCUACAUUGUCCACAUCUUCAAAAUCAUCUAGACCUUCAACACCUACUUCUCGUACAUCCAUAGCUUCAGCCAGGACAAUGGUAACCACACCUACUUCUCGUACUUCCAUACCUUCAUCCAGGACAAUGGUAACCACCCCUCCUUCUCGUACAUCCAUACCUUCAAAUAGGACAACAGCAGCUGCAGCCAAGCCCGUUGUUUCUUCUACCAAGACUACAAUUCCUGUCAGCAAGACUACCACAGUUCCUGCAGCUAAACCCACACCCACAGUUCCUUCUAGGUCCUCGACGCCCUUAUUAAGAUCUACUACAAGAUCUUCAACACCAACUAGCAGGCCUACCUUAUCUACUUCCAGGCCUGCAUCAAGGGCAUCGACACCUACUCGGCGACCAUCCACACCAUUAAAUGCGCCCAGCAUAUCUGCUCCUUCAGUUAAGACUUCUUCAAUCUCCAAGCCAGCUCCAGCCGUGUCGAAGCAGCCAGUACCUUCACGUGGAACUUCACCAGCAAGAUCAAGACCAUGGAAGCCAUCUGAGAUGCCUGGCUUUUCACUUGAUGCUCCUCCCAAUUUGAGGACAACACUUCCAGAAAGGCCUGUUUCAGCAACCAGGGGAAGACCUGGAGCAGGAGCACCCUCUGCGCGCUCUUCGUCUAUUGAGCCUGCUUCUAGUGUCAGACCAAAGAGACAAUCAUGCUCUCCUUCUAGAGGACGGCCCGCCAAUGGCAUUUCCCAUACAAGUGGAAGCUCUAUGCCUGCAGUUAAUCGUGGAUACUCCAAAGUGAAUGACAAAGUUAGUCCUGUUGCAAUGGGCAACAAAAUGGUUGAGAGACUAAUAAAUAUGAGGAAACUAGCACCUCCUCGGCCGGAUGUCAAAAGCUCCCCCCAUAGUAAUCUAUCUGGCAAGUCAUCAUCAUCACCAGACAACUCUGGUUUCGGAAGAACACUCUCGAAGAAAUCCUUGGAUAUGGCUCUUAGGCAUAUGGAUAUAAGAAAAAGUGUUCCGGGCAAUUUACGGCCAUUGAUGACAAACAUUCCAGCUUCUUCAAUGUAUAGUGUACGGUCAGGACACCAGCGUAGCCUAAUGGUUAGUGUCUCGGGUUCUCCUCAUGCCACUAGCAGUAAUGCUGGUUCUGAAGUCAGUGUAAACCAAAAUGGUCUUUAUUCAGAUAAUAGUGAAAUAGAUUAUUAUGAUAUGGUGAGUGACAGAGGUGGUCAAUCUCCUGCCAGUGUGCGGGGCAGGUACAGCUACAGACCAUCAUAUUGAGUUUUAGAGUCAGUGGAUUUUCAUUUGAAGCUAACAUACUUCUAUAGUUAUAUUGAUGUAAAGUUUAUUGGAAAUGAUACAGCCUUGUGUAAUUGAAGGAAUUUGUAGUUAUAUGUAGACCAGCUACAUACUGAAAUAGUGUUACUUUAAUUCUUUACCGUGUUAUUUCACACGAAAACUCAAAAGUUGUGUUAUGGAAAGCUAGGAUUAAUGAUGUCACGUUGUAUUUUAAGCUCAA